AUGGAUGAUCUCACCCCAAGCAACAGUGGUAAAGGUGCAGUAAGGUGUGAAAAUAGAACCAGUGGAAUAUCAUGCAGUGAUCAGUUCAGGUGUGGUCGGAGAUCUGUGGAAAAGGCUUCUAUCCCGGGGCGACCCCAGUCUGCCAUUGACGAGGACAUCAUUCAUCAAGUGGAGACUGUCAUUUUGGAAGACCGCCGAAUCACUAUUCGUCAGCUGCCCGAUGUCAAGAUUAGUGAGGACUUUUUUGACAGACUAUUUACGCAGGAUGAAACUUGCGUCCAUUACUAUGAUCCAGAAACUAAGGCCCAGUCAAAACAUUGGAAACACUUUGACUCGCCAACUCCCAAAAAGCGCAUUGCCCUCCCUCAACAGGCAAGGUCAUGCUCACAGUCUUUUUGA